AUGUCGUUGGAUGAAUUCCGGUCCAAGAUAUGUGACAGUAUGGGAUUACCCCAGCGGAAAAUGAUGUGUUUCCAGGCCAAUCCUACCGCAGAAGCGCUUGAAAAGUUCCCAGACAUGGGCUCUUUGUGGGUGGAAUUUUGUGAUGAGGCAAGUGUAGGUAUCAAGACGAUGAGAAACUUUUGUAUUCACAUAAGCGAGAAGAACUUUAGCACGGGAAUAUUCAUAUAUCAGAACUCCAUUACGCCCAGUGCCAACAAAUUGGUACCCACAGUGGCGCCAGCGUCGAUUGAAACGUUCCAAGAGAGCGAUUUGAUCGUCAACAUAACCCACCAUGAUUUGGUGCCCAAGCAUAUAAAGUUGUCCAUCGGCGAGAAAAAAGAGUUGUUGGCCCGGUACAGAUUGAAAGAGUCGCAAUUGCCCCGUAUUCAACGAGAGGACCCGGUGGCACGGUACUUGGGGUUGAAGCGUGGAGAGGUGGUGAAGAUAAUUAGACGAUCAGAAACGUCUGGUAGAUAUGCGUCGUACCGGAUCUGUUUGUAG